GCUUGUGCUGUGCAGCACAUCUCGUCCUCUUUGUUCAGCCUCUGGCUUUAACCACUGAAUCCCAAAUACUCUCCAGCUGGGAAUCAGAGGAGGGCAGGAAUGAAGAACCCAGAAGCCCAACAGGAUGUUUCCGUUUCCCAGGGUGUUCGCAUGAUGUUUUACAUGAUGAAGCCCAAUGAAACUUCAUUCCAAACUCCAGAAGAGGUGCCUGAUUACGUAAAAAAGGCUACUCCAUUUUUCAUUUCCUUUAUGCUGCUUGAACUGGUCAUCAGCUGGGUUUGCAAAGGGAAGCCUUUAAGUCGUGUGGAUGAUGUUUUAACAUCCUUAUCAGCUGGUAUUCUGUCUCGGCUUCCAAGCCUGUUUUUCAGGAGCAUUGAAGUGACCAGUUACAUUUAUAUCUGGGAGAACUAUAGGUUCUUCAGUUUGCCUUGGGAUUCUCCAUGGACUUGGUAUCUCACCUUUUUAGGAGUAGACUUUGCCUACUACUGGUUUCAUCGCAUGGCCCAUGAGGUUAACAUUAUUUGGGCUGGACACCAAGUGCACCACAGUUCUGAGGACUAUAACUUGUCCACAGCACUGAGGCAAUCUGUCCUCCAGAUAUAUACUUCCUGGAUUUUCUACUCUCCCAUGGCCCUCUUCAUACCACCCUCUGUAUAUGCUGUUCAUCUUCAGUUCAAUCUACUUUACCAAUUUUGGAUCCAUACUGAGAUCAUCAAUAACCUUGGUCCUUUGGAACUGAUUCUUAAUACUCCUAGCCAUCAUAGGGUUCAUCAUGGCAAAAAUCGUUACUGCAUAGACAAAAACUAUGGUGGCACUCUUAUUAUUUGGGAUAGAAUUUUUGGGACUUUUGAAGCAGAGAAAGAAAGAGUUAUAUAUGGUCUUACACAUCCAAUUAAUACCUUUGACCCACUCAGGGUGCAGUUCCACCAUUUAUUUUACAUUUGGACUACAUUUUGGGCUACACCUGGAUUCUUCCAUAAGUUUUCUGUGAUAUUUAAAGGACCUGGUUGGGGUCCAGGUAAACCAAGACUUGGGCUGAGUGAAGAGAUCCCAGAGGUUACAGGAAAAGAAGUUCCCUUCUCAUCAUCUGCCUCUCAGUUAUUAAAGAUAUACACAGUUGUACAGUUUGCUGUGAUGCUAGCAUUUUAUGAAGAGACCUUUGCAAAUACUGCCGCAUUAUCACAGGUAACUCUCUUUCUGAGGGUUCUCUUCAUCAUCCUGACCUUGACCUCCAUUGGAUUUCUUCUGGAUCAAAGACCUAAGGCAGCUAUUAUGGAAACUCUCCGUUGCUUGGUGAUCCUGAUGCUGUACAGAUUCGGUCACAUUAAGCCUCUUGUCCCCGCCUUAUCAUUUGUUUUUGAGGUAAGCCAUUCACCAUAG